AUGAAGGUCAUUCUCGCAAUCAACGCCGGCUCCAGUUCGGUCAAGAUCUCAGUUUACACUGCCGACAAGAAUGCAGAGCCUCGCCAAAUCGCAGAAGCAUCAGUUGGUGGUUUAACUGCCCCCCCAGCGUCUCUAACGUAUUCACGCGGUGGUGAGAAAGUGGUCAAGGCCAAGGAGGUUGCUGAAAGCGUUAAGAAUCAGGAGGAUGCAUUUGAUCUCCUACUCAAGACUUUCAUCGAAGAUAGUGAGUUGAAGGAGAUAUCUUCAAAGGAAGACAUCGCUAUCGCUAGCCACCGUAUCGUCCACGGCGGCGACUACGACCGAUCUCAAGUUAUCACUCAAGAUACAUAUCAUCAUCUUGAAGAACUCAGUGACCUGGCACCACUUCAUAAUGGCGUUGCCUUGAGUAUCGUCGAUACAUGCAUCAGCGCGCUGCCCGGUACGAUCAACGUCGCCUGCUUCGACUCUCAAUUCCACACAACUCUUCCUCCUCAUAUUUACACAUAUCCCAUCGAUCUCAAAAUCGCAAAGAGCAACCGCCUGCGCAAGUACGGGUUUCACGGUAUCAGUUAUGCCUUCAUUACCCGAUCUGUCGCCCACUAUCUUCAAAGGGACGCCAGCAGCUUGAAUAUGAUCGCUCUGCACCUGGGUAGUGGUGCCAGUGCGUGCGCCAUUAAGGGCGGCAAGAGCUGGGAUACGAGUAUGGGGCUGACGCCUCUGGCGGGCCUUCCUGGUGCUACCCGAAGUGGCAGUGUUGAUCCAAGUCUCGUCUUCCACUAUGCUUCCGAUGUGGGGAAGCUAUCUCCUGCAUCCACUAAGCACCUUCACAUCUCACGAGCUGAGGAGAUCCUCAACAAGGAGAGUGGUUGGAAGGCCAUGACAGGCACCACAGAUUUUGGUGUCGUUGCCGAUUCUGAUGAGCCAAGCCACCGGCUGGCCUUUGAUAUCUUUGUUGACCGUAUUGCCGCUUUUGUCGGAUCUUAUUUUGUGUCCCUUGAGGGCCGUGUCGAUGCCCUGGUCUUCGCUGGCGGCAUUGGCGAACACAGUGCCAAGCUCCGUUCCGCUGUUGUUAACCGGGUGGCCUGUUUAGGUUUUGCCCUCAACGAUGCUAGCAACCAGGAGCCCAUCAAGGACGUUGUUCAGGAGCUGGGCAAUCGUGACGCUCCGCAGCGUGUACUGGUUUGUCAGACAGAUGAGCAACUAGAGAUGGCUAGGUUGUGUGCUGAAAAGGAAGACAUCUGGGAAUAG